AUGUUUCCUUGUCACGUCAGCCCCUGGCCCUCUGCUGAGCCGCCGGCCUCCUGCGGUAGUCAUGCAGCACCUCCAGCACAGCCCGCGCAGCCUUUGCCAGAUCUGCUGUGCAGCUGUCCCGCUGCACCUUUGAACACCCACCCUGAGACGCCUUCUCCAGACCCCAUGGAGUCCCUCAUCGUGGUCACGGAGUACGAACCCAGCAGAGCACCGGGAGAUGAGGAGGUGGAAGAAAUGGACAGUUCUGAGACGCCAGAGCCAACCUCCUCUUUGACUGCUCAUUUCCGGGCUCCUUCCUGCGACCUGCUGUCCCACACAGUCAGCCGGUCAGAGACUCUGCUACCUGAAAGGGGAAGGUUAAGCCUGUCCGACCGGAAACUGUCCCUGCAGGAGCGCUCACAGACGGCAGCAUCGCCCUGCAGCUCUCCUGGACUCAACGGGCGCUAUAUUUACCCAUCGUUACCGUACUCCCCCAUCACAUCACCCCACUCCUCUCCACGUUUGUCUCGUCGGCCCACUGUGGAGUCCCACAGUGUUUCCAUCACAGACCUCCAGGACUGCGUUCAACUCAACCAGUACAAGCUGAAAGAUGAGAUUGGAAAGGGCUCCUAUGGUGUUGUCAAGCUGGCUUACAACGAGGACGACAACACAUACUAUGCGAUGAAGGUGUUGUCCAAGAAGAGGCUGAUGAGGCAGGCAGGUUUCCCACGGAGACCUCCCCCUCGUGGAGCCAAAGCAGGCCCUGUGGGUCCCCCUCAGCCCAAAGGACCCCUGGAGCGGGUCUAUCAGGAGAUUGCCAUCCUGAAGAAGCUGGACCAUCCUAAUGUUGUCAAACUAUCAGAGGUUUUGGACGACCCCAGUGAGGACCAUCUGUACAUGGUGUUUGAGCUGGUCAAACAAGGGGCUGUGAUGGAGGUGCCAACAGAUAAACCCUUCAGCGAGGACCAGUCACGCUUUUACUUCCAAGAUCUGCUCAGGGGAAUCGAGUACUUACAUUACCAGAGGAUCAUUCACAGAGACGUUAAACCCUCGAACCUGCUGGUGGGAGAAGAUGGACACAUCAAGAUUGCAGACUUUGGAGUCAGUAACCAGUUUGAGGGAACAGAUGCUCUCCUGACCAGCACGGUGGGAACGCCUGCUUUCCUCGCCCCUGAGGCGCUCUCUGAGACCAGAAAGAACUUCUCUGGCAAGGCUCUGGAUGUUUGGGCCAUGGGAGUGACGCUUCACUGCUUCGUCUUUGGAGUGUGUCCAUUUAUGGAUGAGCGGAUCGUCAGUCUCCAUCAGAAAAUCAAGACGCAACCUGUGGAGUUACCUGAACAUGCCGACAUCUCUGAUGAUCUCAAAGAUUUGUUAUUGAAAAUGUUGGACAAGAAUCCAGAGACCAGAAUAUCAAUCCCACAGAUAAAGGUUCACCCAUGGGUGACGAGGCAUGGCGCUGAGCCUCUCCCUCCUGAGGACGACAACUGCUGUAUGCUGAUCGAGGUGACCGAGGAGGAGGUGGAAAAUUCGGUGAAACACAUCCCCAGCCUGGCUACAGUGAUCCUGGUGAGGACCAUGCUGAGGAAGCGCUCCUUUGGGAACCCUUUCGACUGGGCUCGUAAAGAGGACCGUAGCAGUUUGAGUGCUUCAGGGCAAACGCUCACGAAAGGCAGAGCAGGCAAAGUGAGAUACUGCUACAUUCAUUGUAAGCAAAGAAGGAAACAGGAGAGCGGUGACGGCAUGAAGAGUAUGGACCUGCCCUAUGUGGGGGAGGACGAGGCUCUUUCCUGAUGCAGACGCUUUAUUUCAUAUGCUGAGAUCUGCCUGCCUGCAACCACACAGCACAACGCCCCUAAACUCACAGUUUCAUACUGCCAUUCGACACCCGUGUACACUUCCCACUUCCUGUGAGGUGGACGAGUGUGGCACGCGCAGAAAAGAUUGAGAAAUAAGGAUCUUAGGCACUUUUUCUUCUUCAAUUCUUCAAUUCUCUCCACUUUAAAGGCACAGUUUGGAUAAUGCAGGACUUGAGAGUGUCACAGGGGAGAGCAUUUCUCCUGAAUCUGUCUUCAGCCUUUGUUGCCCGACCCACCUCCUCCUUUUAUCCUGCAUGCGUUUAUAGUCCCAGCAUGCUUCGUCUCAGGCUUCAACUGUAAGGUUUGGUGUUUUAUUGUAGUCGAUCCACAUGUAUUUCUCCUUGUCUCUACUUGACAAUUAUUUCAGGUAUACAGGGAAGGGGAACAAGGGUAGGUUUUCUUGACAAUGAUUGUCUGGCUCACUCGGCUUUACAGUGGCAUGGCCCAUUUUUGUAAAAUACUUGAGCGUGAAUAAUCUGUACAGUUUUCCUGAAAUUAAAAAAAAAGGGGAGUGAAGAAAUGUUUACUUCAUUGAAUGCAUGUGUUUACUUUCCCAAUGCAAACGCUAUAUAAGCUACAUCUAAAUAUUUGCACGCUCAUAGACAAACUUGUUACACACAAUUUGAUUGGUUCUUUAUAAAACUCCCAUUCACUAGAAUCAAUCACAAGCUUUACAAACAUUUGAUGUAGUGCUUUUUGAACAAUCUCAAUGAAUCAUUACUGCGUUCAAGUUAGCUUGUUAAACAACUGAGACGUUCGUCUUUUGCAAAGCUUUUGCAACAUGUGAUUUUUAAGUGUUUGCUAUAUAUUUAUAAUCUCAUAGUAAGCCAUGACGGUACUGAAAUUCAUCAAGGGGAGAAAAAAAGGAAUGUUUUGGUGCAAAAAUAUUCUGCAGCCAUUGUGUGCAAUGGUUAAAAUAUGUUUCCUAGCACCGACUGCUAAUCACUUCUCUCCAGUUGUUUGGACCAAGACGGUUGUGUUGUUGCUGAGUUUCACAUUUCAGCUGUGUGAUGUAUUUGACUCCUCAAAGUGGAUGUUGGUAUGUAGACUGAAAACUAAAACAAAAGGUGACUGAACGUGACGUUCUGAUUGUGAACGUUCUGACUUGUUUUAUUUGUUUUGUAUUGUCAGCAUUACAGAUGUUAUUCCAAACGGCACAUUUUAAGUGCACCAAAACAUUCACGUAUGUAUCAUUUUGUAUAAGUAUAGAAGGAUAUGUAAAACAAAACAAACCUUUAAACUAUUUGUUUCUUUACUGAGCUAUAAAAGCAGGGUGCAGGGCAGCUGCAGACUUUUUGUACAAAUCUAUGCAUGAUAUAUCUGCAGAUGUGAUGGAGAUCAAAGCUGGUGUCAUCUUUAGUCGGAGGGAGAAUGCAACUCUGCAAAUAUUUAAAAUGAAAUGUUCCAAGUCCUUUUCAUUUCCUUGACAUUUUAGAGGAUCCCAAAGCUGAAAACAUUGAAUUUUCCACUUUUUUUCCCCCCUUUUGUGAACUUUCAUUUGUGUUCUUAUUUUUCACAUCUUCUUAAUUGUUUGUAUCAGUCUAGAUAAAGUCCUGUGUGUGUCUCAAAAAUAGAAUAUUGACUUAUAAUUCAAACAUAUAAUGCUUCCAUACUCUAAAUACUUCAGCACUAAUGUGUUGAAUGUAUGAGAAAUGCUGACCUUUUUUUUUUUUUUUUGACCUGCCUGCAUGUCACUGAGCUGUACUCACUGUAUGUCUGUUUUAAAGACUAGUUCUAUGCAUAUAAUGUGUCCUUCUCUGUAAGGUGCAAUGUACUGGCUGGAUGAGGAAGGCUGUUUGUGGUUGACCGAUCAUUAUUUAGUUUUCAUUACCCGAAAGUUUUUUCCUAAAUGUAAUGAAGUCGUGCUCCCUGAUGUGGAAGGGCUGCAAAUAGAGACUCGGGAGUUAUGCUUUUCAUAACAAUAUUGUAGUGUGCUUUUGAAGGAUAUUCACUUUUUUUCUGUGGAGAACUCAAUGAUAAUAGCCAAUUAUCUUUUUCAGCCCAUGAUCUAGUCAGAAAAUGAAUUGCAGCUUGUGUUAUACUGUUAAGUGUUACCUCUUUUGAAACCAGUUUUCACUUAUUAAAGGUCACAUAUUAUGCAAACAACAAUUUACCAUUUUUUGCGAAUACUAAUACAUAUGUGUCCCUAUAGCCUGUCUACAAACCUCCCAAUUAGGCGGAAAGUUCAUCCUCUGCGUUUUUUGCCUGCUCCACUUUUCAGAAAAUGUGUGCUCAAACAGGCCAUUUGGAGGUUUUCUCUUCAUGACAUCACAAAGGGCAGCAACCACUCCCCCAGGUGGGUGACACUCCCACAGCUAGGUGAUAGUUGCCUUCCCAACUUAAAAAAAAAUAGGGCAUGGUGCAAGAAAGUCCGAGCAACAUCCCCUUCCAGAGAGGGGGCGUGGUCAGACUUCGCUUACUUGCAUUUAAAGGUGUACACACAGAAACAGCCUGUUGUGAGCAGGGCUGAAAUAGAGGAGUUUAUAGGCGUGAUCAAAUACAGGAUCAGAGUUGAUUUUUGCCAAGACACUUCACAGACAUGUUUUGGGGCUCCCUUAGACUUAGAAGGAGGAUAAUAUGUGACCUUUAAGCAGAUAUUUCAUUCCGAAUAAAUGAGAGUAGGUAAAGGUUUUUACCUUUAGCAAAACAAGACAUCCUCUUUCCUUUUAUAGAAUAAUUGUUCUCUUUGACCACCAACAACAACAAAAAGAAAGACAUUUAAGGUUUGAAUGCAAACCACAGAAAAGCUGUAACAUACAGUAUUUAAGCCUGUACUUUGUUUCAAUGCAGUCUCUGCCCUUUGUGUCAAAAGGGGCGGGGCUAACACAAUAACCUUUCUCUGUGCCGUAAAUUGAUUUCAUUGAUAGCUUUGGGGGCUCUUUUCCCCUGAAUGCAUGCCAACAUACUGAACACAUACCACUGUAUCGUCACAGCAUGAGAGGUCUUUAAUGUCAAAAGAGGGACCUUUAAAUUAAUUAUUCUAUACAUACUGUAUCUUGAUCAUCAUUUGAAUAAAAAUAUUUAUUGCCUUUC